AUGGAACAAACGAUAGUGAAAUCAACCCAGAGAUGUACUGUUGGCGAACAAAAUGGCAAUCUAACUCGACAUGUUUGGUUCUCUCGUGAAAAAUGGGAUUCUUCGCUAUAUGAAUCGCUGAUUGACUGUCAGAAUGCACCGGAACUGGCAACGAAGGUGAAACGGAGAAAUCAGCAAGCAAUCUCACCAACCAGUCUUCUUUACACCAAUAAUAGCAAAACUUUUCACACUUGCUCUCUUAACGCGAUUAUUAUGUACGAAGAAGAAUCUCCAAGUAGUAUCCCCAUUAAGCUUGAUGAUUUUGAUAGGCAAGACUGUACCAUUGUGGGUUCAUGUGAUGGAUUGUUUUGUAUUAUGAACAAGUUUAGAAAUAUCUUUGUAAUAUGGAAUCCAUCUACUAGAGAAUUUAGACAAUUUCCCCACCUUUCAUCGACUGGUUUAUCUCCUCAGGCUUAUGGUUUUUGUUAUAAUGAGCGCCAAAAUGAUCACAAAGUUGUAGUAAUUGCUAGAAGUAACGAUAGUGAUCAAUAUGGUGGUUUUUCAUACGAGGUUAAUUCCUAUAGUCUAAGAACUAAUUCGUGGCAAAAGAUUUUAGAGUUGACAAGUGCUACCGUAGGCCGUUUUGGUUAUGAAAUUGGUGCACUUGUAAAUGGAAGACUUCACUGGAUUGCAGCCUACCCUAAGCCUAAGGCUAAAGUUAGAUCAGAGACGUUUAUUUUCUCAUUAGACCUCGACGAUGCAACAUAUGGAAAAGUAGCAUUGCCCAACCCUGAAGAUAAGUCUGAGUUUGAGUGGUAUUUAGACACUUUAGGAGGUAAUUUGUGUGUAUUAUAUGAGUACACUCUUGAGGAUGAAUUUCCCCGAACGGAUGUGUGGGUAAUGAAGGAGUAUGGAGUUGUGGAGUCAUGGACUAGGGUGAUAUCGAUCCCUUUCUGUUUCAUCCCCCUUUUCAUGUUCCAGAAUGAUGAAAUUUUAUUGCACACUGAUUCAAAUGCCAUGUUGUAUAACUCAACACAUAACAGUUUCAAGGAUCCUAAGAAUCAGAUCAAUCUUGGUGGUGGCGAAAUUGUUGUUUACAUUGAAAGCCUUGUCUCGCCAAAUUAUAAUUAG